AUGUUGAUACUUGGAGGCAUCCUGAUCCCAAUUGGAAAUAAAGUAAUCCAGGAUUUUAUAAAUAAGGAAGACGUUAUUGAAGAAGGCACCCUCGCAUAUGAAAACUGGAUACAAAUAGGAAGCCCUGUCUACAGACAGUUCUGGCUCUAUAAUGUGAAAAACCCAUCAGAAAUUAUGAAUCUUGGAGCUAAACCUGUGCUUGAGCAAAAAGGGCCCUAUACCUACAGGAUAAGGCAGCUCCCGAAGGACAUCAUUGCUAUAAAUGCUAAUCACACAAUAUCAUACUUACAGCUUCGUUCAGCCAUCUUUCAGCCUAACAUGUCUGUUGGCUUAGAAACAGACACAAUCACAGCCCUCAACUUUGCUGCUGCAGCUGCACCAUCUCUCUUUCCCCCAUUUAUUCAUGGUUUCAUCAAUAUGGUCUUCAAACUGGCAAAAGCUUCCUUGUUCCAGAAUAGAACAGUGCUGGAAUUACUUUGGGGAUAUGAAGAUCCAAUACUGAAAGUGACAUCCUCAAAAGACCCGAUUACUGGUUUAUUUUACCCAUACAAUGAAACAUCAGAUGGAAUCUAUAACGUGUACACUGGAACAGAUGACAUUAACAAAGUUGCAAUAAUUGACCGCUGGAUGAAUAAGACAAAACUCACUUUCUGGAAUGACACUUACUGUGACAUGAUCAAUGGUACAGAUGCAACCUCUUUUCCACCAUUUCUUCAUGAUAAGGAGAAAUUAUAUUUUUUCUCUUCUGACAUUUGCAGGUCCAUCUUUGCAGAAUAUGAACAAAAGAAAAAGCUAAAGGGAAUUCGUGUCCAUCAUUUUGUUGUUCCUCCUAAAGCUCUUGCAUCUAAAAUUGUGAAUCCUGACAAUCACUGUUACUGCAAAGACAUGACUGUCUCCCAAAAUUGCACUUUUGGAGGAAUCCUGGAUAUCAGCAUUUGCCAAAAGAAGAAACCGAUUUAUAUUUCACUCCCUCACUUUCUAUAUGCAAGUGAUGAAAUCGUGAACGCGAUAGAUGGGAUGCAUCCCAAUAAGGAAGAACAUGAAACCUUCCUGGAUGUGGAACCUGUCACUGGAUUUACCUUGAAAGUUGCUAAACGGAUACAAAUCAACUUAAUGCUUAAACCGGCAAAGAAAAUUAAAAUAUUAAAGAAUAUUAAGAAGCCAAUAGUUUUUCCACUUGUCUGGCUUAAUGAGACAGGAACCAUUGAUGAUGAAACUGCAAAAAUGUUCAGGGAUUCUCUAACAACACCCGUGACAGCACUCGGUAUUGUCCAGUUAACCCUGAUAUGUAUUGGAAGCCUGCUUUUCCUUUCAUGUUCAAUUGCUCUUUGUAGUAUUUCACAGACAAAUAACCCAUGAAUCAGAAUGGGAUGAAGUGGUUCUGAAAAAGUGUGCAAAUGAGACAACAAAGAAGAAUUUUGGAAUGGAAAAAAUUUAACCCUGCUUGAUGUAUUGAACAUGAUGAACAAAUAAACCUCUGGUUUGAAUAUC